UAUUUACCACAUGUUUGUUACUGUUUAUUUGCAAUCAAAUUAAUAAGUGGUAAAAAUGGUUCGAAAAUUAAAGUUUCAUGAGCAAAAAUUGCUAAAGAAAGUAGAUUUUAUAUCAUGGAAAGUCGACAACAACAUACACGAAGUGAAAGUCAUGAAAAAGUAUUAUGUUCAGAAGCGUGAGGAUUACACGAAAUAUAACAAGUUGUCUCGAGAUGUUCGUGAGCUAGCAAAUAAAAUUAAAGACUUAGACGCCAACAGUGAAUUUAGAACUGAAUCAAGUGCUCAGUUAUUGGAGAAACUGUAUCAGAUGGGCUUGAUCCCCACCAGAUGGGACUUAGCACUGGCUUGCAAUGUGUCAGCAAGUGCAUUUUGCAGACGGAGAUUGCCUGUUGUAAUGGUUAGAAAUAGGAUGUCAGAAAACUUGAAAGAGGCCACAAAAUUCAUAGAGCAGGGACAUGUGAGGGUUGGCCCCGAGGUGGUGAAGGACCCAGCAUUCCUUGUCACCAGAUCAUUGGAGGACUUUGUCACGUGGGUUGACAGCUCAGCCAUACGAAAACAUGUCAUGGAAUAUAAUGAGAUGAGAGACGACUUUGACAUGCUGUAGUUAUAGAAAAUAAUGGUUUAUAUGUUUGGUACGUUGUAAAUAACUGGAGGAAUGUGAAUGAAAGAUAAGAAUGGUGAAUAAUAAAAAAAA